UUAAAUUACUACGUAAAGUCGAUUUUCAUGAAAAUAUUAUCCGAUUCUUAGGAAUUUCUAAUCGAAAUGAAGGUAAAAAUAAUAUUGAUAAUUAUUUAAUUUCAAUGUAAUAGCUCAUAAAACUCGCUAAAUAAAGAUUACGUGAUGGUACUGGAAUGUGCCGUUGACGGGCAUCUUCGAAAUUAUUUGGAAAAUCACAUUCUUGCCUGGCAUGAUAAAAUUAACUUGGCAUAUCAGUUAGCUAGUGCUGUUUUGUGUCUGCAUGAUGAAGGAAUUAUUCAUUGUGAUUUGCAUUCCAAUAAUAUAUUGGUUAAUCAACGUAAAGUCAAAAUAGCUGAUUUUGGAUUAUCAAAAAGGAUAGAAGAAUCUAAUGAGUCAUUAAAUAUAAUUGGUGUAAUUCCUUAUUUGGAUCCAAUAAUGUUCAAUAAUUUAUUUUUAAGAUCCGGUCUAAAUGAUUCAGUAUAUUCAUUAGAUGAAAAGAGCGACGUUUAUAGUGUUGGCGUAUUAUUAUGGGAAAUAUAUAGUGGUCAACCUCCAUUUCAUGGGAAAUCAUACGAUAAAGAACUGGCUUUACAAAUUCUAGAUGGUCUUAGAGAAGCACAUAUUCCAAAUACACCAGUUGAUUAUCUUCAUCUUUAUUCAAAAUGUUGGGACGGUGAUCCAUAUAAGAGACCGCAUAUUGGAGAAGUAGUUCAAGUAUUAAAAGGAAUGAUUUCAGAAAAAGAAGAUGAUAAUGAUAAUAUAGAAUAUAAAUUAAUUGAUGAAGAUCUUCUAGGCUUUCCAUAUUCAGACCUUCUAAACCUUCCAGAUCCAGGCUUUCUAGACCUACACGUUCCUAAUGAUUUUAUAGUUGAUCUGAAAAUUUCAGAUAAAAUUAGUAUGAUUAUAAUGUCAUUCAUAAAUAUAACGAAUGAAGGAAAAACUCGUGAUCAGCGUCGUCCAGUUCUUAAAAAUUGUUUGUUGACAUAUAACGUCACCUUAGAAGAAUUUAACGAAUGGUUAAAUAAUAAUUCAACAAUCGAUAUAGUAGAUCCAAAUCAUUUAUUUUUUUUAGGAUAUUUGAAUUAUUCAGGAAUAGACACAACACUAAAUUCUGAUGAUGCAUUUAAAUAUUUUAAGAAAGCAUCAUCAUAUCAACAUCCAGCUGCUCAAUAUUAUUUAGGAAUUUGUUACGAGUAUGGAAUAGGAACUAAAGAGAAGAAGUCGAAUGCAUUUUAUUGGUAUCGUCAAGCAGCGCAUAAUGGACAUGCAAUUGCACAAUAUUAUAUAGGAAAUUAUUUUCAGUUUGGAGUUGAUAAACAAUAUAAUAAAGCUUUUAAGAACUAUCAGUUAAGUGCCAACGGCGGAUUUUCUUUUGGUUUAAAUAUGUUAGGCUAUUGUUAUUCAAAAGGAAUUGGGACUUUUGUUGACAAAAGUACGGCUUUUAAUUUAUAUUUUAAAGCUGCCAAUAUGGAUAAUUGUACCGCUCAAUAUAAUGUUGCGGUUUGUUUUUAUGAAGGUAUUGGUACAGAUGAGGAUAUUGAAAAAGCUAUAGAAUGGUAUAAAAAAUCUGCAAGUAAUGGUUAUGAUAGAGCGAGAAUAAAAUUGGCUGGAUUGUCACUUUUGGAAUCCGAAGAAAAAGAAAUUGAAACUAAACAAAAAAUAAUACAACACUGGAAUUUAAAUUAUGGCUUAUUUUUAGAUGGGUCUAGUAUACAACCAAGUAAAAAACCUGUUCUUGAUGAAAAUGGUAAUUUAGAUAUAAGUAUUUGUGUAUUAAUUUUCCAGUCGCUGAAAUCACUUAUAAAGCUGAUUUUGUGAAAUCUUUUUCAGCGGAUGAAGAAUAUGGUCACAUUAUUGCGAAAAAAUUUAUAGCUGGUGGGCAGUUAUUUAUCAAAAGUUUCAAAGAUUUUCCAAAGCAUGUCCAACAAGUUGACAUUUUAAAAUUUUAUUUAG